AUGAUGCAUCCGCCUCGAACCACACCUAUCGCCAAGCUCAUCCAUCCAUCACUCCCAACGCCACCCACGUCUAUUGUCGACAUCGAGUAUCGAGCCGCGAGCGCACGCGAAAAGGCUUGCGGCCCCACAACUUUUGCGUCCACUGGUUCCUUUGCGGGGGUUGACUACUACCACCACCGACAAGACGAUACGAUGCCGCAUCUGCCAAGAGUGCCUGCCUUCCCCAUUGCGGGAGAGCGCAGUUUGCUGACUGCUGCAGGGGCGGCACUUAAGAUUCCCGCCAAGGAGAAAGACUCGCCACUCAUCGGACACUUUGCACCCGAAAUCAUCGCCAGUGAUCAUCUCGGUCGCACAGUGUCGCUGCAUGCCACCAUCGCACUCGGUCGACCCAUCGUACUGUACUUCUUCCCCCUCGCAGGAUCACCACACUGCACAAAGGAGAGCUGUUCGUUCAGAGACGCGGUAGGUGCCUCGCCGAUCUUCAACGAUCUCAACGCGGUGGUGAUUGGGAUCUCCCAAGACCCGCCUGCUCGUUCGCGCCGGUUCGUCGACGAACACCACCUCGGUUUUAGGAUUCUGCACGACUCGCAGCGACAUAUUAUGGAUGCCUGGGGCGUAGGAAGGGGUCUGUUGGGGUUGAUCGAUGGACGCUGUACGUUUGUCAUCGACCACACGGGUGUGGUCAGAGCGAUGCUCGAUGGGGUCUGGGACUAUCAGGGCCACCGAAACUUUGCGGAAAAAUGGCUGUGCAGGAUCGAACACGAGCUGUCGGGGAGGGAGAGGUUCUACAUGGCCUAUGAUGACGAGGGUGUGGCAUGCGAACAGGCGAAUGUCAAGGUGGUCUAUGGCGACCUUGUUCCGGGGAGGGGAAUUGCGGCUGCACCGAGACAUGGAGCGGCACCGUCGGCGAAGAGUUCACUCAAGUCACUCAAGCCGACAGCAACGAGUCUGCAGGACGAACAGUCGAUGGGUAGGGCGAGGUCGAGACGCAAUCUCAAGGCGUGGUUACGGCCGCCGGCGAGCUACGAUGAGCCUCUGCAUGUCGAGGCUGUAGCAACCCCCACCACCGCGCGCGGGGUGGAAGAAGAAGGGACAAGGUCGGUGGAUGGCGUGGCUGCAAGGGUGCGUUCGCUCAGAGUGGACGAGGAGCAAAAGGAGCAAGAGACGAGUUCGCGCUCGAGACGGGGAUCUGGUUCCGGCUCGGGGUGGGCUACACCCUCGACGAUUUCGGCGCGGUCGAUAUCGACGGGCGAGACGAGCCAUACCUCGCCCGCGCCGGUGGAGCCUGCAGCGCUGCUGAGCGCGCUUAAGGACGGAAGCAGCGAUGCUGGGCUCGAGCGUACGGCGCGUCGUCGUGUGGAUUCAUCCGCCCCCAGCGUCGUGGGCAGGUCGAGCUCGCUGCGCUCGCAAGAGGUGUAUGCCAACGGAAACAUUGCACGCAUGCCGCUCACGGGCAGUAGCGAUACGCGCGCACGACGCGAUGUCUCUGCCGACACCACCUUUUCCUCAUCCUCGCUACCUGUUCCACCCAGGCCUGCAGCUCGCCUCGUGGGGGGUGCAGUUGCAGCCGCCGCCGAAGCACGCCUAGACGCAAGCAGAUUCGACCCCGCAUUGCCGUCGUCACCCAUCGAACCGGGAUCGACAGAUGCACCCCGAUUGCGCAAGCCCGUCUCCCCAGCAACCCCAGCGAGGACGAGGGGGAUGCCCAGUCCUUCCGUGGGGGUUGGAUUUGCAUGGAACGAGAGGAGACUGUCCAAUACGCCGAGUCUGGCAGCCUCGACGACGAGUGCAUGCGAACGGAGCGAGUACGACUACUCACCCUCGCUCGCCGAAAGCACGCACACUUUUGGCGGACUAGAUGAUUAG